UUUGCUUCACAGGUCAGAAAACACAUUUACAACAAGACAAGUGGACAUGGAAACCUUCCCCUGACCUACAUCUCAGCACCACCAUACUGCAACCGCCACACACAACUGUGCUGUCCAAAAUGGGCCGUGUGUACCUGAUCGAGCCCGUGGUCAGCGUGUACUCCUUUGGCAUGUUCAUGACCUAUCCACUGGUCCAGCAGUACGUGUAUCGGCGCCAGUGGGAGAGGAUCAUAGGCUCUCCCUACCCGACUGAGCUCAACAACACUUCACGCUGCGGAGGAGCCAACCUGAGCAACCAGAGCACUCAGCAUGGGGCUGUGCAGAGGGAGACGUCUCUCUUCCUCCUCCACAGCGAGCUCUCCUUCCUCUUCCCCAGCCUCGUAAUGUCUCUAAUGCUCCUGGCCUACAGCGACUUCCACGGCCGCAAGGUGGCCAUCGUGCCGCCCCUGCUGGGCGACAUCCUGUUCACGCUGGCCUACGCCACCGUCAGCCGCUACUCGCUGGACCUCGGCUACCUCCUGGGCGCGGCGUUCGUGCGCGGGCUCUCGGGGGGUCCCUCGCCGCUUUUUGGCGCCUGCUUCGCCUACGUGGCGGACCGCUGCGACGGGGGCGAGGCCGAGGGGAAGUCCGGGAGGAGGACGGCGCGCAUGGCCUUGCUGGAGAUGCUGCUGGGCAUGCAGUCGGGCUUGGCUUCCAUAGCCACGGGCUUCUACAUCCGCCUAGCCGGCUUCACCUGGCCCUUCCUGACCGUCACUGCGCUCCACAUCCUCGUGCUGGCCUUUGUGCUCUUCGUCCUGCGGGAGUCUCUGGUCCCGGCCCAGCCGGCGCCCUUCACCUCCUCCCAGGUCCGCGCCUCGCGGCUGGGGACGGUGGCGUCGCGGCUGCGCGGGGUCGGGCGGCUCUUCUCGGCCGGCCCCAAGCGACGCGGCCCCCUGCUGGCGCUGGCACUGUGCGCCUUCGCCUUCUACAACGUGGUGACGCUGGGCGGCAUGUCGCUCUUCAUCCUGUACGAGCUGAACGCGCCGCUCUGCUGGGACGAGGUGAUGGUGGGCUACGGCUCUGCGCUCUCCUCCACCAUGUAUCUGGGCAGCUUCGCCGGCGUCCGGCUGCUGUCCGGUUACCUUGCCGACAUGUGUGUGAUACUUCUGGGGCUUGUGUCACUCGCCGUUGGCUUUGUCAUGGCCGCCUUUGCCAAGACCACCCUGCUCAUGUAUCUGGUGAGGGUCCCGCUGCUCCUGUCAGUCAUGCCUUCACCACUGAUUCGCUCCAUGAUGUCAAAGAUGGUCACCAACUCUGAACAAGGGGCUGUGUUUGCGUGUGUGGCCUUCAUGGAGAUGGUCAGUGUUGGUGUGUCCUUCCCCACGUUCAGCAGCCUGUACGCGGCCACCGUCUCCUGGUUCCCUGGCUUCAGUUUCCUCCUGGCGGCGGUCAUCACCCUGGUCCCCGUCACCUUCAUCUGCGCUGUACGUCACCUGGAGAGGGCCAUCCCUGAGGACACCAAUCAGCUUAUUCCUGAUGACCCAGAGGAAAGCCUGUCUUUUCCACAACAGGAAGUGAGGUCAUGAGGUCCUGUUUCAAAGUUGGUUCAAGGAUGGUUUGAUGGCAGCAUACAUCUUUUACUGCUAAGCCUUUUCAAUCUCCGCCUUAAAAAUAUGUUUACACAAGAGGAAAGACUCUGAGGAAUCUGAAACUAUGCUCCAUAUACUGUACAUAUUCUUACUUGAUACUGACAUACAUGUAUAUCAACAUAAAUAGGAUAUGUAGACAAAAUCAGGU